AUGAGGAAAAUCUAUGUGCAAUUGGUGGAUGAUCAAUGCAUAACCAACUGGAGCCACUUGAUCAUACAUAAUGAUGUUAGGCCGCGUGUAGUGUUGUUCUGUUGGCUUGCUUGUCAUGGUCAUUUGGCAACGAAAGCAAGAGCCUUAAAGGAUAUUUGGAAAGAAGUGUUACAGUGGUUGGGCAUUGUUCCUCAUCUGCAUAGUUGGAAGGAUGAACUUGGCUGGAUCUUGAGUCAAACUAGAGGUAAAGGGAGACAUGCUGGUAUAAUCAAAAUGGUUGCUGCUGAGACAAUAUAUGAAGUUUUGCGUUAG